AUGACCAUUCUCUGUCUGCACGGCGGUUUCGGCAGUGCCCAAAACUUCCAAGUCCAACUCGACCCUCUCACCAGCGUCUACAAAACCGUUCACCCCAAUACUUCCUUCCACUACGUCGACGGCGGGCAUUACGCCACACCACCGCCAGGAUCCCAGGAUUACUUUGGUCCGCCGCCUCAUUACCGAUGGAUCGAGUACGAUGGGAUCGAGCGGUCCAGUGACGUGAUGGAACGGAUUCGUCAGCUGCCGAGAGGAGCCACGGCCGAAGAUACAAUGCGGGUACUGAUGCAUGAGCACGAGAUGAUGUCUGCAGAAUGUGUGAGGCAGGCGUUGGAUAGGCUGUUGGGGAUACUGGAUGAACAUCCUGAGAUAGACGGAGUCCUUGGCUUUUCAGAAGGUGCUACAGUCGCCGCUACUUUAUUGCUCGAAGAGGAGCGACUUGUCCAGGAGGAGGGCCGGAAGAGACGGCUUAAGUACGGGGUUUUUAUAGCCGGCUGGCCUCCCCUCCGCAUAGUAGGGGAUCGGGUAACAGGCUGUCUGGCGGAUGAAUCUGAAGACAUGAUUACAGCCCCGACGUGUCAUAUCAUCGGGGCUAAUGACCCUUACCUAGAUGGCAACAUGGCAUUGUUUGGGAUUUGCGAUCCAGAUACGGCCAUCAUGUUUGAUCAUGGCAAGGGCCAUACCAUCCCGCGGGAUGUCGCGACGAUGAAGGAGGCGGUAGAGGUCAUUGAAGAGACAAGGAGGAAGGGGAUUGAGGCAGGGAAUGUGUACUGA